AUGAAUUAAAAGGAACAAAUUAACCCUUUCAAAGCUUAUGGAACAAAGGAAGUUUGGGAAAAAAUAAAUGAAUCUGGAAAAAACAAGGAAUAUGUGAGAUUUCCAGGAAUUGGAAUUGAACAAACUCCAUUCUAUUAAAUGUAAAAAUAACAUGCAGAAAAAAACCAAAGCAAGAAAUAGGAUUUCUUAAGCAAGUUAAAUAAAUUUGAAUAUUUUCCUUCAGGAAAUCAGAAGAAGUUAGACAUACAAGGAAUGUUUUCUCAAAUUGAUGAUGUUAAAAAAUACUAAGCAAGAAUGGAAAGGAUAGACCCAAUUAACAAAAACUGUAUUUCUAUGGAUCUAUAUAAUUUAGUAUUGUAACAUAAAUUGCACAAAGCAUUAGAAACAGCUUCAUUUUUAUGGGGUGAUUAGAUGAGACAUGAUGGGAGUUUGGGGACUUUGGAUUCAAUCAACAAUUUAUUGAAUUAGUCAUAAAAGAAGCUUGAAUAACGAAAUCAGAGUUCAUAAUUUAUAUUUACAAAGGGACAUCAUAAGGUAAGGCUUGGACACGAAAUAUGA